AUGAACAAGGUUAAGAAGCAUAAGCAGAUGAGCAGAGAGCUAUCAAAUUAUAUCAUGUACCUUGUCUUCAAGUCCGGUGUGAUGCUGACUACCAACUCCCAACUUGUACAUGACAAAGCCCAUGGUGAAAUUAGAACAACUUUGUCAGGUCAAGAUCAACAGGGUCAACCGCAGGUUGCUCUAGAUGAGAAGGCAGCGGUCAUGAAGCUUUUUCAAGCCAGCAAGAAAGAGGAACAGCAAGAACAUCAGUCUGUGGUUGAUACCGAGAAUCAUCAAGAAGCAGCCAACCAACAGAUAUUCUUGGAGAGGGUUGAAACUUUUGAUUCUUCAGCAUGGGAAACAUUCAUGAAGCGCAUUGAAGCCAACAAGAAGAAACAGGAACAUCAGCAAGAUCAGUCGACGGUAGAUACCGAGAAGCGUCAAGAACCACCUAGUAACAAUGAUGAUAAUGCUGGUGCUGAUAUUCAUCUGCAGAAAGUUGUGCAGAGCGCUGCAGCAGGGACUACUCCAGUGUUGCCUCGUGCAUGCUUGGUGGCGAGGGAGCUCCUUAGCAUCAACGAUGAAGCAGAACGUUGGGGCCUCAUCGCCAAUGUGUGGGCAGAGAUGCUUUACUAUGUCGCGCCUCGUUGCGGCUGUGCUUUCCACUACGAGCAUCUUAGCACCGGUGGGGAGUUCAUCACCCACCUUCUCCUUCUCAUGAAAUUUCUAGGUCCCUUUCUGCCACCCCCUGAUACCUGA